AUGCUGAGAGAAUUGGGCGAGGAGAUGCGCAUGGGAUUACUAGGGUAUGAGCUAGAUCUUAACCUUUAUAAGCGAUAUGCCGUUGAAGAUCGCAUAUCUUUUAUUAUUCGGCAGCUAUAUUCCGAUCAAGCCCUCCGGAAUUUAUUCAAUCUCAAGGGGGAAAUACAAUUUGCAAAUCAUAGAAAUAUUCUAAGUCCCGAAGACAGGCACACGAAGCCAGAUGUCAGCUCCUCGCAACAGUCACCGGUUUGCAAGCGGCAAAAGAGUGUCAAUAAGGACGGGGAUGCUGUCCCUGAAACUCCAACCGUGCGGUCAAGGUCGUCUCGCCCUCGUGCCGAUCAGUUCUGUGUAUACAAUACGGGUUUCGACGAAGCAAUACCAGCUUAUAUCAUUGAAUAUAAGGCACCGCAUAAGCUUACCAAGGACAUUAUUAAUAAAGGGCUUGUGGAUAUGGAUGUUGAUGAAGUAAUUGAAAACUUCGAUGAGGGCGAUCCGGCGAAGGUGGCCCGCUGGAGAGUCGCCGCAUGCAUAUCGCAGAUAUUUUCAUAUAUGAUUCAAGCUGGUCUUGAAUAUGGCUGUGUAUGCACUGGAGAAACACUUAUUUUUCUUCACGUGAAUCCUGACGACCCUACUACCGUCUACUAUUAUCUCUCUGUUCCAAACGAUGAUGUUGGAGACACUACCAGCUGGAUCGGCGGUUCUGAUUGCGAUAAUAAGCUACAUCUGACCACGAUAGGACAGGUUCUGGCUUUCACUCUUCGAGCGUUGGGAACGCCUCCGCACGACCAGGAUUGGCGUAGUCGUGCAGAAAAGGUGCUCAAGAAAUGGGAGAUUACACGGAGCAAUAUCUUCGGGUCGGAUUCGGACAAAAGCAGUGACGAUAUACAGCCCGAAUACAAGCAUAAUCGACCGAGCAGGAAUGAGUAUAUACGCAUGUCGCCGGUCAAGACACGGUCAAAUGGUCUUGUUGCUGGCUCUUCAUGUCGCCCCAUAGAGGCACUGACAAACUGGGAUACCAGCGAUGAUGACAGCAGUGGGAAUGACAGAGAUUGGCCCGACAGCCCAAGCACGCAACUUCCUAGUCACCUCUCCAAUGCCAAGGUCGCCGUACACCUGCCGAAGUCAGCUCAAGGGGCCAGCAAUAGACAAGCCGGUGGGCGGAUGGAAUACUGCACGCAGAAGUGCCUCCUAGGUUUGGUAAACGGUGGCCGGCUUGACGAGAACUGUCCGAAUGUGGCUAGCCACGGGAAUGAUGGGUGGCAUGUUAUCGACAGCUAUAAACUGCUAGAGUUAGCUCGCGCGUAG